UUCGUUCUAGCCUCUGUCCGCGGUGGCCACUUUCGCUUACGCAGCAAAGUUUGUGAAAACCAAGUCAGCCAGUUUCGGUCUUCUGUGUCGCGCGUUUGUGUGUUUGUCGUGUGGCGCCGUUUCGAUCGAUCGACUGCAGUACCCAGAACUUCUUUACGGCGAAGGUUCUCGGUGGUCUCCGCGUUCUACCUUUAGCAUCAUGCGAUUUCAAUCGUUCGUAAUUAUCAUCUCUCUGCUGGUGGCAUCCCGUUGCCCCGGAAGUACGGGCGUGUUUUUCAACCACGGAGGCAAAUACCUGCGAGAGUUGAAACGAAUCUUCGAAAAGUAUGAAAACCUGCUGCGACCAGAAGGUGACCACAAGCUAUCACCAGUUAUCUUCGUGCCCGGUGAUGGCGGAAGUCAGAUGGAUGCGAUGAUAGACAAACCCAGCAAGGUGUCCUUCCUGUGCCAGAAGCAAACUACCACCUUCUUCAAUCUCUGGCUGAACAAGGAGCUCCUGAUGCCACUGGUGAUCGAUUGCUGGAUCGAUAACAUUCGCCUCGAGUACAAUAAUGUGACGCGUACAACUCGCAACUCCCCGGGCGUAGUGACGCGCAUUCCUGGCUUUGGUCAGUCCGAGACAGUCGAGUGGUUGGACCCUUCGCACGCCACCGUUGGAGCGUACUUUGUCAACAUAGCGAAUGCAAUGGUCGCGAACGGCUACAUCCGGGAUAAGUCCAUUGUAGGCGCACCGUAUGACUUCCGUAAAGGGCCAAACGAGCACAAAGAAUAUUUCUUGGCGCUAAAAUUCCUUGUUGAACAAACGUACACUCUGAACAACGAAGUUCCGGUAACGUUCAUCGUUCACAGUAUGGGUGCCCCGAUGACGCUGCACUUUCUACAGAUGCAAACCGCCGACUGGAAGGCCAAGUACGUUCGACGGAUUAUCUCGUUGGCUGGUGCAUGGGCUGGCAGUGUCAAAGCACUGAAGGUGUACGCCAUUGGGGAUGAUUUGGGCGCGUUUGCGUUGAGUGGCAAAGUGAUGCGUGCCGAACAGAUUACCAAUCCUUCCCUGGCCUGGCUACUACCAUCACCAUUGUUCUGGAAACCAAACGAGGUGCUCGCCCGUACACAGGCCCGCACGUACACGAUGGCACAGUUGCAAGAUUUCUUCACUGAUCUCGAUGUACCGAGUGGAUGGGAAAUGCGCAAAGAUACGCUACCGUUCACGAUGAACUUUACUGCUCCCGGUGUGGAGUUGCACUGUUUCUACGGUAGUCACAUCAAUACGGUCGAAUCCUUGGAUUACCAAAAAUCGUACGACUUCAGUGGUACACCCGUACUGGUGAUGGGUGAUGGAGAUGGUACCGUCAACAGCCGCUCACUGGAAGCCUGCAAGCAUUGGACAAUGCAGCAGAAGCAACCCAUCUACACCAAAGAGUUUCCUGGGGCCGACCAUAUGAGCAUCCUGGCCGACCUGAAGGUCAUCGAAUCCGUCAUCCAGGUGUUGCUCUCGGAUUAAGUUGUUCUAGAUUCUGGAGAAUAGGAAUCAAAGCACCAUGCAGCUAGAAAGUGAUAUUUUCUCUCUCGUGCAAUCUCAACACAUUGUAGUAAUGAUUUACCUUACCACGUGCCGUAAAAUGCUCUUUACUGAAACUGAAAAACCGAAUGAUUCUCAACAAGCGCAUGAUGUGCCAUGCCGCACGACUGUUUAUAGCGAAAAUAAAACCGAUGCCUCGUUCAACGUAAUGCCCACGUUC